UUGUGAAUAACGUGACGUAAGUUUGUUUAUCGGUAUCUCAAUGAUCUUGAGGAGAAGUGAAUCCUGAUUUGAAGUUUUAUAAAACAUCCUCUCAAAAUCAGUAUUUUUAAACAGGCAUGGCUUCAAAGCAAGAGAAUUUCAAAGUGUUUUUCGAGUUGCUUAGUAAAUGCCCAUCAAAUAGAAUGGAAAAAUUAUUUCAUCAUUUCAUCGAUGUCUUUUGUGGCCAGCAAUGUAGUAUAUAUGAAGACUAUGCUGACAUUUGGUCACUGGAAGAAUGGUGGGAUUUGCUUCAGGAAAGUAAACACUUCUUUAAACUGCAUCAAAAUUCUGAUAUCAAAAUCACCGAUCUUCUUUCAUCCCUGCCUACAGAAACACAGAAUAUUCUUAAAGAUUGCCUUGAGGUACGCUGUACUGAUUUAAAAAAGACUCUGAUAGAAAAAAGUCAUGCAGUGUCUCCAGCAUUUCUCAAUAAUUUUGAUUGGAAACUUAAGUUGACCCUUGCAAGUGAUAAGAUGGCACAGAUUAAUGAGCCUAGACUACUUUUAGAUCUUGAUAUAAUAGGUGACUAUGAUAAGUUACUUUGUUUAGAUUUAUCAAAAAAGGAACUGAAGACACUUAUAGAUUCCAUGGAAAAGGCUAAUAAGGCACUUAUGGAUUAUAUCAUUGAAUAAAUGAAGUUGCUACUGUUGCAAAUUUGUAAAUCGAUUAUAAUAAAGGAUGCUGACCAAUUACUUUAUAAAUUUUAUGUAUAAAUAUUUCAAUGCCAUAUGUUAAUGUAUGUAAAAUAUUUCAAAUCUUAUAAAUAAAAUAUUUAUUUUUUGAACAAAACAA